CAUUGACCUUGGUGUUUGAGACAAUGGAUGGAAUGAAUCACUCCACAGUAUCAGAGUUUGUGUUCCUUGGACUCACCAAUUCAUGGAAGAUUCAGCUUCCCCUUUUUGUCUUCUCCUGUUUGUUCUACUUGGGUGGCAUGAUGGGAAACCUUGUCAUUGUGUUCACUAUAACCUUCGAUGCUCAUCUACACUCCUCUAUGUAUUUCCUCCUGGCUAACCUCUCAGUCAUUGAUAUGUUUUUUUGCUCAAUCACAGCCCCUAAAAUGAUUUAUGACAUUUUCAAGAAGCACAAAGCCAUCUCCUUUUGUGGAUGUAUUACUCAGAUCUUCUUCACUCAUGCUGUUGGGGCCGCUGAGAUGGUACUGCUCAUCACUAUGGCCUUUGAUAGAUAUGUGGCUAUAUGUAAACCUCUCCACUACCUGACUAUCAUGAGUCCAAGAAUGUGUCUAUACUUUUUAGUCACUUCCUGGAUUGUUGGCUUUAUCCAUUCAUUGAUUCAAUUAGUUUUUGUGGUAGAUUUGCCUUUUUGUGGCCCUAAUGUAUUGGACAGUUUUUACUGUGACCUUCCUCGACUCCUUAGACUUGCCUGCACAAAUACACUAGAACUGGAGUUCAUGGUUACUGUCAAUAGUGGGCUUAUUUCUGUGGGAUCUUUUGUCUUGCUGGUCAUUUCCUACAUAUUUAUUUUGUUCACUGUUUGGAAGCACUCUUCAGGUGGUUCAUACAAGGCCCUCUCCACGUUGUCAGCUCAUAUCAUUGUGGUGGUUUUGUUC